ACUUGUAUCAAGGCUAAUGGAUGGUGUCCAGGGGAUUGCAUGGCGGGAUAUGGACCCGAGAAGGAAUGCAUAAUGAGAUGCUCAACUGGAAAAUGGGGAGUCAACUGUGCUGAGGAGUGUACAAGACAUUGCAAGACACGGGAUGAAUGUAAGAGGGAAGAUGGUGUUUGCAGUGGUGAUUGUGAACAAAAUUACUAUCCAAAAUACAUUUGUAAUCAAGAGGUUCCCGAGAUAGAUGGUAAACCAGCUUUCAAGAGUCGAGGUGCUGAUUACAUUGAGAUAGAAUGGAGUCUUGUCGAUGAUAAGAGUACAACCAAACGUAAUAUUGCAACUAAUAAAACCUUCAGAGUUGAAUACAAACUUUCAACAGACGAAGAUGAUAAUAUAGAAUGGAUUAACAGUUCUGGGUUAAUGGCAAGAAUUGACAACUUAUCAAAGGAUAGCAGCUU